AUGCUCACAUCUACCCGCUUGGUACGGCAUCCAGCUCAUCGCAGGACAUUCAUUCUCAGUGUCUUGGGCAUUGGUGCUCUCAAGAGUGUGUUUGCGCCGUUUGUCGAGUCCACGGCGUUGGCUACCCAAAUGGAGCGUGGCGAGCUCCACUACAAGAACGCCAAUACGGAGCUCAAUCUUGCGAAAUCCGAGGAACCCUGGCUUAAGAGACCCGAGCCAAAUUACUUGGGCCAUGUACCCUUGCAUUCGGCGGAAAAGCUUGCGUUGUUCGUGGGUUCCGCAGUAGGCGCCUUCUUUCACCCGGAAAGAAACGAAUUUAUCGUGGCGUUGGGUGAAUCCACAGCCAUCACAUCGGUUUUAAAGAAGUUGCGCCGCGAAAUGUUGGCGAACCCAACCGGGCGCCGUAUCCUCAGAGAGCGGCCGCGGAUGACCUCUACGUCGUUGAACCUCGAGCAUUUGCGGUCUUUGCCCGCCAGUACCCUCGGAAAUACUUACAUCCAGUGGUUGGAUAGUGAGGGGGUAUCUCCAGAUACCCGUGAAGCUGUCAAGUACAUCGACGAUGAAGAGCUAGCGUACGUGUUUCAAAGAUACCGCGAGUGCCACGACUUCUAUCACGCCAUCACCGGGUUGCCCAUUAUCUUGGAGGGCGAAAUCACCGUUAAGUGCUUCGAGUUUGCAAACUUGGGGCUUCCUUUUGCCGGGAUGGGCGCGGUCUUUGCGCCGUUACGCUUGAAACAGCCUCAAUUGAAGCGCUUGUUGGGGGUCUACUACCCAUGGGCCAUCAAGAAUGGGUUAAACGGGCAGAGCUUGAUCAAUGUGUAUUGGGAAGAGUGUUUGGAGAUGGAUACAGGGGAGUUGCGAAAGCUGUUGGGCUUUGAAGAACCUCCGCCAGAUUUGAGACAGAUGAGAAGACUACAAAAGGCAAAGGCUUAG